AUGUCACGGUCUGAAAGAAAUUUUGAGAACACUUUUCAAGAUUAUGACGGAAGAACUAGUUUGCAAAGCCCUGAUGGCAAGGUGAAGAGAAAAACAUAUUUUCUUUGUUCUCUUUGUGUCAUGCAAUUCGUGUUUUCAACCUUGAUACAAAACCAAGUAAUGUUUGAAAUAAGCUUACUCCAUUUGUAUGACGGUGUUUAGACAAUGACUGUCUGCACGUAUCUCUGCAGAUUGCUGAACCAUUUCUUUCCAGACUAAAAGAUGAAACUUAUAAGUUAUUAAAGCAAUGCGAAGAAGGAUUUCAGUACACCAGGGAUGAUCGUGAUUAUUCAGUCUACACCGGCAGUGGAGGUAGAUUGAUACUUAGACACUCCCAACUGCUUACUACAUACUGCCCUGGCGGAUCAGAGAAUUCAGAAAGAGGGGAUUGAGAUACUUGCCAGCUAUAUGGAUACUAUUAAUUUUAUUCAUUGAUUAAGGAGCACUGAGAGCACCUGGGUACAGAAAUUAAGGCUGCAUUAGAUUGAUUUUACUGAGUAUUGUUUAAAAAAAUAAAAGACGAUUUCAGAGAAAGGGGGUAAGGGGUGUGGCCCCCUCUGCCGGGUUCCUCUUAAAACUUUUCCCCUGGCCUAGUCUUGCCAACCCUCUGCAUGUGUGAGACCUGUAACUUUUUCCUUCCAUGUUCUUUUUCAAUGUUUUUGUACUUAAUAAAAUUAAUUUUCCUUACUAGGUAUGGCAUUCUUGUACAUGCAUUUAUCUGAAACACUGUUUAAGGAUAAUGAAGACCAAAGGCAGAAAUACUUGAAAAAUUCCCUUAGAAUUCUGGAACAUGAUCAGCAUGGUCUAAGAGGGAGGAGGAUGACAUUUGUUUGUGGAGAUCCAGGUGAUAAAAUGUAUUAAUAUUAAUGUUUCCUUAGAUCCUACUAUGUGCCUAGCAGAGAUUUAUUUCAUGCAUGGAUUUUAACAUCUACAAAGUGGCUCACAUUGCUGACAUUCACUGAAAUGUCAGCAAUGCGAACAACUUUGUAAAUGCUUAACCCUUGAGACCCUAAGAUCAAAAUUUGAAUUCUCAUUUGUUGCCUCUAUUCAUUUCGUACAAAAGUAGGGGGGAGAAGUUGAUGAUAUAUCAAGCACAUUCAUCUUGUGUAAUCAUGUCCGUUUUUCUCAUAAUAAUAAUAAUAAUAAUAAUAAUAAUAAUAAUAAUUUUCCCCCUUACCUUCAGGUAUCCUUUCUUCAUUGGCUGUUCUUUAUUCAAAGCUCGGUCAAGAAGAUAAAAGUACAAAAUGUCUUUCCAAGCUGUUAAGUCUGUCAGACAAUGUAUGUGGAGGAGAUCCAUCUCUCCCAGAUGAAGUCCUAUAUGGUCGAGCUGGCUACUUAUUUUCCUUGUUGUUUGCACAAAAACAUUUGGGGGAAGAGAAGAUUCCCCAUGACAUUAUCAACCAGGUGUGGUACAUGGACCUUCAUUUGUGCAACCAACUGAUGUACAUGCAAGACAGUAAUCACCUCUAGUCCUCAUAUGUUUUUCUAGACAAAAUCUCUGUAGUGUUGUGCAACCUCCAUCAAGCCAGGUUUUUUUAUGUUGGGAAAAUUGAUUGUACUGUUUCCUAAUCAUCCUAGAUUUUGCCGACAUGUGAGGGGAAUCCAAAAUUCUGUCCCAGAUGCCAUUUUGCUGAUUUUUGAGAGGACUGGAGCCAUGCAAGGCAGUGGGAGGAUUAGGACAUAGCAAAAAUAAUCAGUCAUUGAUCCCCAACAUCCCUGACAGCACAAAUUUGAGUUUACAUUAUUUUGUUGGGAAUGACAGCAGACCAUUGCAGAAGUUGGGAAAAAAGACAUGUUCCAGAUUCUCCUGAUUUCUCCCUGACCAUCCAGAGCAAUCACAGAUAUCUACAAUUUUGAGUUUUCAUUUGUCAGAAAAAUCUAGAACAGUCGGGAGGCAUUCACCAUAGCCCUGGCUUUUACCCUGAAUCCUUAGUAACAAAAUAGCCAUUUUACCAGCUACAGCAGUGCCAGAUCCAGACCUUGAGAUAAGGAGGGGGGGGCCUGGUGAUCCAGACCCUUAAAUAAGGAUGGGAGGGUGGUGUCCCAAAAAAUUUUUUUUAGCCCUUUGGGCCUCUGUUUGGUUCAAAAAUAAGGGGAAGGCCUGGCCCCCCUGGAUCCGCCACUGUACAUUAACUCCCACUGUAAAUGGUUCUUUUAGGUUUGCCAAGUAAUCCUAGAUUCUGGCGAAAGGCUAUCUAGAAGAGAGAGAAGCAACUCUCCUUUGAUGUUUAUGUGGCAUGAAAAGCAUUACGUUGGGGCAGCACAUGGCAUUGUUGGUAUCAUGUUCAUGUUACUUCAGGUAAAAAAGAUAGGUAUUUACUUUUGAAGCAUACUAAAUAACAUAAAUUUAUUUAAGCUUCUAUGUUUCCCUUUGGUUUUUGGUAGUGUUUCAUAUGUAGUGUAUUUAGUUUUUCUGUAUUUUUGAACUUAAAGGUCGUUUAUUAGAAAAACUGAGCAAUUUAACAAAAUUGCAUUUUGUUUUUUUAAAUUAUUAUUUUGACUUGGUUAUUUUAAUUUGGCCGUUAAUUCCAAAGCUCAAAACCCCUUGGACUUGACUGAGCCACAUGCCUAUUUUUUAAAUGACCUAGCUCAACCCCUGCGCCACAUGCCUAUUUUUUUUUUCAGUUACCUCCAUGGGCCGGCCUAUUGCACUCUUGGUCCAUGUCCCUUUUUUUCAAGUCAAAAAUUUUGCAAUAUGAAGGUCAAAUUAAAAGUAAAAUUUAAAAAAAAAAUCAGUAAAACAAAAUUAAAAUAACAACACAAGUGAAAUGUAUCAAACAACAAACUGAAGGGAAAGUGAAAACAAAGGAAAAUCAAAAGAAAUGCAAAAGAAAUAUAAAAUUAAUUUAAAUAACAUAUUAAAGUAAAAAUAAUAUUGUGAAUGGAAAAUUAAAUGAAAAAAACUCUAUGGCCCCUUGGUAGGCCACCAUACAAGUGCUAUCAAUAUUCUCAAUUAACUGACUUUUUACAUUUUCAGUUAUUAUGAUUACUCAUGGUCAACCAGCUACUGUAGCUUUAUAAUUAUUUUGGGGGUCCAAAAUAUUGUAUGUAUUUUCUAUUAAUUUAUUCCAUUUCUUGUACAUCUUUUUAGCUGCCUACUGCCAUUAGAGAUAAAUGUUGUUUAAAGAGGCCCUUGGAAACCUUGGAAUCCUUUAAAUCCUCUACCAGAUCCUCUACCUUGAAUUCUGCUGUUCUUUUCUUUAAAUAAUUAGGCACUGUCUGCACAAUCUGUUCAGUCUCACCUGGGAAGUGUAGAGAGCUGUGUUGAGUUUCUUUUGUCAAAGCAGUUUCCAUCAGGAAAUUUUCCUUCUUCACUUGAGAGUGGUACUGACAAGCUAAUCCACUGGUGUCAUGGGGCUCCUGGAGCGGUGCAUCUGAUGAUCAAGGCAUAUCAGGUAUAGUGAUCACUGCUAUCACCUAGAUAGUAUAGGGAGAUGGUGAGACACCUCUCCUUUCAGUGGAUAUCUUCAGUGGCAGAUGUAGGAGAGGGGUCCAGGAGCCUGCUCCCCCCACCCCCCUUAUUUUUAGAUCAAACUGAAGCCAGAAGGGCUGAAAAAAUUUUUUUGGAGACUGGGCCCCUCUUCUAUCUCAGGGUCUGGAUUACCAGCUCCAACCCCCCCACCCAUCUUAUCUCAAGGUGUGGAUCGGGCACUGGUCUUAGCCCAAACCUUCCAACUCUCACAAUUUGAGCAAUCAAUUCAUGGUCUCAUGAUUUAGCCUUCAAAUCUCACAGUGAAUCAGAAAAUCUUAAAAUUGCCAUGAUUUUGGGGGGAACCAUAGUCCAAUUCCAACUUCAUUCCAACGAAACAUAGGUUUGCUAAGGUCUGUGGGAAAGCCCUUUUGAUAGCAUACUUACUUGGCUGCUUGCCGUCUUAUUGACCUGAAUAGUAAAACAAAAUCUUCUCAUCACUGCGAAAAGAGCAACAGGACAGUACAACAGAGACCACUAAUAGGGUGAAGAAUACCAUGACAAAAGUAAUCUGCCAUUUUGGUUGGGGUGGAGCGUACCUCUAUAAAGCUUUAGGGAGUGCCGCUCCUUGGGCAUAUUAUAUACCUUACCUCCAUCAGGCAUGUGAGUGGUCAUUUCCUACACUGUGGCAAAUUUCCCCUUUUUUCUUGCAAGGUUUUUGGAAAGGAAAAGUAUCUGGAUGCAGCUCUUAAGUGUGGAGAAGUUGUUUGGAGCCAUGGUCUUCUAAAGAAAGGUUAUGGAAUCUGUCAUGGUGUGGCAGGAAAUGCUUACACUUUUUUGAGCUUGUUCAAGCAGACUGGAGACCAAAAGUAUCUUCAUCGAGCAAUCAAGGUUGGUUCUUUGGACCUUUCUUACAUCUCAUAUCACCACAAGAUAAUAAAACUCUGACAAACUUAAAUAUUGAAAAACAGCCCACCCGUUAGUUAUUUUCACAAAGUUGUGUCUUGGGGUAAUUCUCAAAAAUUCAAAAUGGGUAAAAAGAACACCUUUGAGACAAUGUAAACUCUAGUAAGCCUAAGAAAGUGAGACUUGAGAUGCCCAAAAUUCAAUAUUCAGGUCAUUCUUUGAAACAUUAAGUGGUUCUCUCCAAACUCCUCUCUCUGCCUCAACGUUAUCUCUCAGAGUACAUUUUAACAUUUGCACUCAUCACCUUUUUUCAAGACAUGGUUAUUUAAAGCCAACAUUUGAUAUUGAAAUUUCCUAUCUGUAACAUUACAUGAGAUUGUAACUGAAUGUGUCAAAUUUUAGUUUGCAGAAUGGUGUUUUGACUAUGGUCAGCAUGGCUGUCGUACCCCAGACCAUCCUUACUCUUUAUUUGAAGGUAUGUUUUUCCUCCUCCAUAAAGAUAAAGUGACAGUUAAUCUUUCAAUGUUAAUAAUAUGAUGGUUUUUAACUUGAGGUUGGAGUGAUCUCCGAAAGCUGUGCACUUUCAAUUCAAAGCUCACAGCAGAGAACAUAGCAGUGGCUGUCUGUGAUGGGAACCAUGUUGCAUGGAUGAUAAUUUACACUGCCUUACAUUAACAGGCAUGUAGCCUGCGUGGCAGAUGUAGUUUAACUCCCGUUAGCAAUGUCUGCAAAGCAGCACUAAGAUCCUUUUGCUGGAGGACCAACAGACUCAAUGAAUUACCGGAAAUGCGUUUUGAAUUUCCUUUCAACCUGGGCCCAGUUGCUCGAAGCAUGGUUAGCGUUAACCAGGGUUUAAUACCUUGACAACGUAUUGGUUUUGAUACUGCUUAGACAGUCUACUGCUUAACCAAUGGUUAAAGCUAACCAUGCUUUGAGCAACUCAGCCCUGAUUGACAAAUCGCACACGCGAAUCAUGGCAUGUACUCAAAUCCAAGUACACAGGUGCGAGUCCAGUAAAAAGAUAUUGGCACUGUUUCCCAGACAGACUUAACAAGAGUUUGGUUUUGUCUGUGGCACAGGAUAUGAUUGACUGUUUUUUGCUUUUUUCCCCUAGGUAUGGCUGGCACAGUUUACUUCUUAGCUGACUUACUGGAGCCUAAAUCAUCUAAAUUUCCUGCAUUUGAGAUUUAGCUGCCUGUCACUUGACUGUACACUGCUGAGCAAUUAAAAGGACAUCAAAAAUAUUGGCUCACUCUAACAGAUACAACUGCUCUGUACUCAAAACAUCAGGAGGGGUCAUAUGUACAAUGAAUAUAAUAAUAUCAUUGCUCUAAACAGGGCUUCAAAAAAGUCAUUUCUGGUUGUACUCAGCAUGUGUUGCAGCUGGAACUGUCACUGGAGACCUGACUAAAAAAGUUAAGAUAUAGUCUCUUUUUGACAAGUGGUCCCAAAAGCUUGUUCUUAUAACCUCAGGUUUGCUGUAUUAUUUUCUCAUUGGCAAGAUUUUUUAAAUUGCACUCUGUCUACAUUAGGGAUUUUGACUGUUUACGAGGCUUGAUAAUCAGCAAGGACAAGUAGAUUUCCUGCCAGCAAGUGGACACCC